CAAUAAAAAUUCCAAGAUUCCCUUUCUCAUCUGUGUUUGCCUUUUUCUCAGCAUCCAAACAACAGAACAUUGAACAAAACACUUGCUCUCAAACCUUUGGUCUCUUCACUGUUGCGAGUAAAGUGAGCUUUGCGAUCAGAUUCAUUGUUUCAUCAACUCUCCUUAAAAAAAGGUUAUAGAAAAUGGCCGAGGAGGAUAUUCAGCCCCUCGUAUGUGACAAUGGAACUGGAAUGGUCAAGGCUGGAUUUGCCGGUGAUGAUGCUCCGCGGGCUGUGUUCCCCAGUAUUGUUGGCCGACCUCGGCACACUGGUGUUAUGGUGGGGAUGGGUCAAAAGGACGCUUAUGUUGGUGAUGAAGCUCAAUCAAAAAGAGGUAUUCUCACCUUGAAAUACCCAAUCGAACAUGGCAUUGUCAGUAAUUGGGAUGACAUGGAGAAGAUCUGGCACCACACAUUCUACAAUGAACUCCGUGUUUCCCCUGAUGAGCAUCCAGUACUUCUCACGGAAGCACCACUGAAUCCCAAGGCUAACAGGGAGAAGAUGACCCAAAUCAUGUUUGAGACCUUCAAUGUGCCUGCCAUGUAUGUUGCUAUACAAGCUGUUUUGUCACUUUAUGCCAGUGGGCGUACAACAGGUAUUGUUAUGGAUUCUGGUGACGGUGUCAGCCACACAGUGCCAAUUUAUGAAGGUUAUGCUCUCCCCCAUGCAAUCCUCCGACUGGACCUUGCUGGUCGUGAUCUAACAGAUGCCUUGAUGAAGAUUCUCACUGAGAGAGGGUAUUCAUUCACCACAACUGCUGAACGGGAAAUUGUCCGUGAUAUGAAGGAGAAACUUGCUUAUGUUGCCCUAGAUUAUGAGCAGGAGAUGGAGACUGCCAAGAGCAGCUCUGCGGUAGAGAAAAGCUAUGAAUUGCCUGAUGGGCAGGUGAUAACCAUUGGAGCAGAGAGAUUCCGCUGCCCUGAAGUCCUCUUCCAGCCAUCACUCAUUGGAAUGGAAACUGCUGGAAUCCAUGAAACCACCUACAACUCCAUCAUGAAGUGUGAUGUCGAUAUCCGAAAGGAUCUCUAUGGUAACAUUGUGCUUAGUGGGGGAUCAACCAUGUUCCCUGGAAUUGCUGACCGGAUGAGCAAGGAAAUCACUGCCCUUGCUCCUAGCAGCAUGAAGAUCAAGGUGGUUGCACCUCCCGAGAGAAAGUAUAGUGUCUGGAUCGGUGGAUCAAUAUUAGCAUCUCUCAGCACCUUCCAACAGAUGUGGAUAUCCAAGGGUGAAUACGAUGAAUCUGGUCCAGCUAUUGUCCACCGGAAAUGCUUUUAAGUUGGGCAAAGAGGAGAAUUGUGGUAAAUUGUCUUCUUCGCCACAUCGUAUGUGGUCACUUUGGUUGAGUUUUGAAGCUUGUGAUAUUUUUAUAGAGAAGCUUGGAAUUGUAAGUUUGGACUAUAAGUUAUGUAUUUUUAUAAGUAGGUCUGAGGAGCCAAACCAUCAUUGGUGAUGAGUGGCUGGAAGUGAAACUUAGAUAGUAACCUUGUUGGCUUUUAUCUUUCAAUGUUUCUGUCAGGACAUUUUUGGGGAGAGGUGUAAUGUUUAUUCUCUCUUUUUUGGUCCCAUUUUUGGGUCAUUUCUGUUUAUAUUUAUUGUACACUUAUCAGAAAAAUACAAUAAAUAUUGUACUAGCAUUUGGUUUCAAUGUCAGUUUACAGGGAACCAUCCUAAGGAAGGAUAAUAUAUUGUUUUUUCACA